AUUUGAAGCGGAAGUAAUUCGCAAGGUUUUGAAUUUAGUUUGAAGAGGAACUGCAGCAUGUCUCCACAUGUCCGAGCGGAGGCAGAGGGGGCAGCCGGACUGCAGGGAGACCUGCUGCCGGCAUAAAGCAUCUGAUGGACAGAGGAGAACUACCAGCUGGCUCCAUCCAAGCUCACCCAGACUGCACAAAGCCAUGGAUGUCCAACAGGAUCUUUAUGUCUCCAGCUGGUCUGACCUGGAUCUCCAGCCUCUGAGCCCAGAGGAUCCCUGCAGGCUGCGGAUCCUCUCUGCUAAGAUCUGCUUCAUCGUGAAGAACAGAGAAAUGGAGAAAUUCGAAAGCGUGGUGCAGUUCCUGGACACCACACACAGACUUCUACCCAGACUGGUUCCUGCUAUCAAACAUAUGAAGAUCCUGUUUGGUCUGAAGACCAUGAUAAUCAUGUGGAUGCUGAAAGAGGGCAGAGGGAUGGUCCACAUCAUGUCCAAAAUCAUCCAGUUCUUCCCGAGCAAGCUGCCCCAGUAUGAAGAUCAGUGUAGCCAGCGUGAAAUGUUCCUCAUGCGGAAGAACCACGCAGACUUCAAGAGUCUGGCACAGAGCCUCGCCAUAGACAAGGAGAGGCUUAAAGAUUAUAUCAAGAAUGAGUUGGAGCAACAGUAUGGAGAACGUUAUGCCAAGAAGGUGGAAGAGAGACUUCUGGAUUACCUGCAGAAGCUGCAGAAGGUUUCCCCUCAAGAGUCCUUAAUCUGCAAGAUAAUGAACAACCAGAGCGCUGAGAACAGAGACAAUGAGGUUCUUCUGGAAGGAAAGGGCUCAGAUCCAUCAGCUGUGAGGACGCUGCUGAGCUGUGGUGCUUCUACUUCCUGCUCUCCAACCGCCCUGCUGGGAUGUCCCAUAAAGAGCCAGGUCCAGUCUGAAGGAGAACCUCUGCUUGAUGUCAAUGGAGGAGACCUGCAGGUUGGUCCCUGUCUGUGUCCAGAGGACCUUCAGUUGUUGAAGAGCGUAAGUAGCUCAGAUCGUUCAGAACGUCUGCAUCCAGAGAGAGAGGAAGCAGCUCAGAAAGACGGAAAAAGAGAUGGUGGGGAUGAGGAGCAGUGUGUGGAGGAAACCAAUGAACGUCCUGAAGAUGGCAGCUCCUCUCCUCAGUUCUGCUCCAAACAUCAGCGAUGGGUGAAGAGCAUCCUCCGAGGUUGUCCUGAUGACUGCUCAGAGGAGCUGCUACAGCAGCAGCUCAACGCUUCCUCGUCUCCAGUGCUGUUCCAGUCUUCCUCAUCAACGCCUUCGUCUUCACAGGACCUGACACCGUCUCACCUUGUCUUCUCUUCCUCUGAUCCCCCUCCUCCAUCACACACUUCUACCCAUCUCCAGAUAUCAGAAGCUGCAAACACUGCAGGUAAACAGAGGCUAGGAUCUGAAGCAUCAGAAGGUUCUGUUCUGCCUACCAUGCAGUUUCCGGUCGUCCGGCUGGUGGACAUUGCUUCUUUCUGCAGGAACCACGUCACACCCGAGUCAAAGCAGUUAUCAGCUGACCACUUCUCCACAUUGCUUGAAGUAGCGUCAUGUAGCUCCAGGCCUCGGACUUCUUCGGUUCUCCAGACAUCAGGAAACCAGAACUCUUCCCAUGACCUGCAAAUAGCUCCAGGGAACCAGCACAUAUCUAUGCGAUCCUGCAGCAUUCCAGGUCAACACACCGCCUCUAGACUCUCAUUGAAGUCCCGGAGAAAGGCUCAAUCACAGCCGUUUGGGGAGGACCGCUGUCCUUUUCCACCAUCCUCUCAGCAAAUUCAGAACUCCAAACUUGAUCCACAAACCUUAAAUAGCAGAACUUUUCAGUCCAAACUCCCCUCAGGUUCAUCGUUCAGAACCUCCUACCUUCAGGAACACCAGCAAAGGCCUCCAUCUCAAACCCAACUGGAACUUCUGCAGACAUAUGUGGGCCUGACUAGGCUGAGUGCAAAGGAGAUCCUGCAGGCGACUGAGGGAAGAGCCUCAGCCAGGCGGGCCAAGCCCAGCCUGCAGCACAGCGCUGCUGAGGAGAGGGCGAAGGAGGUGCUCCAAGAUGGAGACUGCUUCUUCGACGUGAAUGCUCUCUAUUCCAGCGACUCUUCGAGCAGCGAGUGUGAAGAUUCGGGCACCUGCGACCCGACCUACCGACCUCACGUUAACAGGAGGAGGUUCCUCUCAGAGAACCAGGCGGUUUAUUCAUUAAGAAAAUGAGAAACUGAACCAUCAUCAGACCAGUUAAACAAGUUGCUCCUUGAUGCUAAGCUUGCUUGAUGUGUUCAAACCCGUAAUCUAAUCUAAUGCAUUGUAAGAAUUUAUUCUGUCCAGUUCCAGCUACAAAUACAGUUGGGUUUUAUUUAU